UAACUUCAAUGGCAUAAAAAAAUGUCAGUUUAACGUUUGUAAAAUGCAAGCUUGUUGCAUGACACUCGUAAUAAUAAUAAUAUGCUAAUAAAGUUUCUACCACACAAUCACAAAGUGCAAAGACCUAAGCUUAGACAUUAAUGGAAUUUUUACGUUUAAUGAUGGAACGUGCUGUUGCAUUUUGGCGCAAUCGACGAUUUUUCAAGUUUCGCAGCACAAAUGACAAUCAUAAUCGAAAUUCAACUGAUGAAAAAGAUCCAAAACCAAAAGAGUUUGCAGAAGAAGAAAUUCAUGCAUAUUUGAAAAGUCAUCCGGAAUAUAUUGAGAGUUACAUUAUGGAUGAAGUUGAAUUGGAACUGCUUGAAAGGUGGAUGAUUCGUCGUACACAAAAGGCGAAAAAGUUAAACUAUGCGAAUCGAAAGACAAGUUUAUCAAGGUGGAAAUUUUGUGUACAUGCUGAUAAAAGACAGAUGUUGGAACAACUGACACAACAGUUACAAAUGAAACCAACAAAAACUCACGUUCUUUUUGAAUUAUCGUCAUGUAUUUCUAAUGCAGUUAACGCUGACGGGUUUCGUUUAUAUCUUGUUGAAGAAGGCACUGACAUUCUCACUGUCGUAAUGGAUUCUGAAAGUUUUGACGAUGAAGGUGAUCCGCGAAUAAUGAAAAUUGUUGAUGAUGCUUCUAUUGCAUCGUACGUUGCUUCAACACGAGAACCUGUCCGUUUCUCUAGAGGAGAUUGUGACUGUCGUUUUCCCAAUGGAAUCACAGACAAAGACACUCAGCAUAUUUUAUGUCAAGCUGUUGUUUAUCCUGACGGGAGCUUGGUGGCUGUAUUGGAAUGUUGGAGACGUCGAAACGGUCCGAAAUUUCAUGAAGAAGAUGAGGAAAUUGGAUAUUCUUACUUGGUAUGGGGCGGCAUCGCCCUUCAUUAUAUGUCAAUUUAUAUUAAUUUAAACAAGCAAAAGAAGCUGAACGACUUUCUUUUGGCGGUUGUCAAAUCAAUUUUUCAAGAUAUGGUAUCAAUGGAUAUGCUGGUUAUUAAAAUAAUGAAUUAUGCCCAACGAUUAGUCAAUGCCGAUCGCGCUUCACUUUUUCUCAUCGAUUCGAAAACCAACGAGCUUUAUGCAACAAUAUUUGAUGUUGGAUUUGAUGAUGAAAUUCAAAAUAAAAUGAAUUCACCGAGAGGUGCAAAGGAAACAACAGAAAAGCUUAAAAGUGAUGAAAUUCGUUUCCCUGUUGGAACGGGAAUUGCUGGUCUUUGUGCUUUAAGCGGUGAAAUAUUUAACAUUGUUGAUGCUUAUAGCGACACAAGAUUCAAUCGAAACAUUGAUCAAAUCACGGGAUACAAAACUGACACGAUUCUUUGCAUGCCAAUAUUCAUUCGUGGAUCUCUCAUUGGUGUUGUUGAGAUGGUAAAUAAACGAGUUGGAUUUUUUACCAAGGAAGAUGAAGAAGCAUUUGAAACAUUUGCAAUUUAUUGUGGACUUGCCUUACAUCACGCGAAGCUUUAUGAUAAGAUUCGAAGGUCGGAAAAGAAAUAUCGAGUGGCUUUAGAAGUUUUAAGUUAUCAUAAUGCUUGUUCUGAAACUGAACUUGAAAAGAUUGAGAAGAUGGGAAUUCCAGCUACACUUACAAAGCUCGCUGAUUAUUCUUUCAGUCCUUUCGAUGUCGAUGAAUAUCAAAAAGUUACUCAUGUGAUUUUCAUGUUCAAAGACAUGUUCAGCUUUAAUCGUUUCGACCAGAAGAGUUUAAUUCGUUUUGUGCUAACAGUGAAGAAAAAUUAUCGUCGCGUUCCUUAUCAUAACUGGUCUCAUGGCUUUUCGGUGUCCAAUUCAAUGUAUGCCAUCAUCAAAAAUUCAAAAACUGUUUUUCGACCAAACGAGUGCUUAGCGUUGUUUAUCGGCUCUCUCUGUCAUGAUCUCGAUCAUCGUGGAAAAAGCAACAAAUUUAUGUUAGAUUCCGCGUCACCAAUUGCUGCAAUUUAUUCAACUAGCACAAUGGAACAUCAUCACUUUAACCAGACAGUUACAAUUUUACAACAGGAAGGUCACAAUAUUUUAGGAAAAUUGAGUUCAACAGAGUACAAACAAAUUCUCAGUCUCAUUAAACAUUGCAUUUUGGCGACAGAUCUUGCUUUGUUCUUUCCUAACAAAGCCAAACUUUGUAAUUUGGUUGAUGAAGAAAAGUUUUCAUGGAGUAUUCUGGAGCAUCGUUUGAUGGUAAAUGCAAUGGCAAUGACAGCUGCUGAUUUGUCAGCAUCAGCUAAGCCUUGGGAAGUGCAAGCUGAGACUGUGAAAGGAAUUUUUGAAGAAUUUUAUGAUCAAGGAGAUGCCGAAAGGGAAGCUGGAAGAGUACCAAUGCCAAUGAUGGAUCGUAAUCAGCCUGAUCAACAAGCAUCAUCACAACUUGGCUUUCUCAAUGGAAUUUGCAUUCCAUGCUAUUCACUGCUUAAUCGAUUAAUACCCGAAACAAAGCCCAUGUUGAAACAAUGUCAAGAGAAUCUCAUUCGAUGGCAAGGAAUCGAAAAUGACAUGAAGAAAAAGAAAGAAUCUACUGAAUAGUAACAAACGAUUUUUGCUUUGAUUCCACACACCAAACGUGCUGAUAUGUUGACAAAGCUUUUUUUCUCAAACUUGC